AUGAUUCGCACCACAACUGAGGCAGCCGCCGUUCACCUUCUCCAACGAGGAUGGGAUCUCUCCGCCGUUCGUCUCACCGGAUCUCUGCCUGAGAGCCAGUCUUCAGCUCCGUUGGUAGUAGCACUUUGCCGACGAGAACAGUCCUCACUCCCUCCACCUCUAUCCUCCAUGGCGUUCUCCUCUGCUCCGCCGUGCGUAACCAUUAAGACUCUCUCGUCGCCGUCUCGGACAAUGAGAUGCACGAGGCUUUCCAACUUCCAGACGUUGACUCGUCCGGCGACCUCGAACCCUCCGGACCCACCGGUGCCUCCAGAUCCUCCUCCACCGUCUACAAAUCUGAAGCCGGCAUCCGAGAUUUCCCUAUCGCUUCAUCGUGAGGACUCAAUCGAAUCUCCUCCCUCCUUUACGAUCGCCGGAUCUAAUUUUUGCACCGACGAUUGUGGCCACCGAGUUCAGCAGUACCAACGUCGAAUCUCUCGAGAAGCCUCCAAAUGUCUGAGCGGCACCAGAUCGGAGACUUUCCCUGCGUUUCUUCGUAGGCUUAUUGCCCUAUCUCUCGGUGGUUUCCCCCUCCGUAUCCACCUCUGA